CCACCUCGGAGAGACGACUCCAGACAAACUGCAACCUGAAGAUUGGUGGCUGCCAGUCCUCGAUGAACAAAAGAGAUACCCCAUAAUUCCGCUUCACAGUCGUUGAAAUCUUCGCCUGGAUACCGGUUCACGCGCCAGGACACCAAGAUGCGUCCCGAAGUCGAGCAGGAGCUUGCCCACACGCUCCUCGUGGAGCUUCUCGCAUACCAGUUCGCCUCGCCCGUGAGGUGGAUUGAAACACAAGAUGUCUUCCUGGCCGAGCAGAUGGCCGAGCGGAUCGUCGAGAUCGGCCCCGCAGACACGCUCGGUGUGAUGGCCAAGCGCACGCUCGCCUCCAAGUACGAGGCCUACGACGCCGCCAAAUCGGCUCAGCGGCAGAUUCUCUGCUACAACAAGGAUGCCAAGGAGAUCUACUACGCCGUCGACCCCGUGGUGGAGGAGGAACCCCAGCCCGCUGCGCCCGAGGCAGGCUCAUCGAGCGCGUCGUCGGCGGUGCCCGUUGCUGCCGCCCCAGCGGCGGUCGCCGCGCCACCACCCCCGAGUGCUGGGCCUGCCGCCCAAGUCCCCGACGUGCCCGUCCCCGCGGUGGACAUCGUGCGGGCUUUGGUUGCCCAGAAGCUCAAGAAACCCCUACAAGACAUCCCCCUUGACAAGGCAAUCAAGGAUAUGGUUAACGGCAAAUCGACUCUCCAGAACGAGAUUCUAGGCGACCUCGGCAAAGAGUUCGGUUCAACGCCCGAGAAGCCCGAGGAUACGCCUCUCGACGAGCUCGGCGCCGCCAUGCAGGCUACUUUUGACGGCAACCUGGGCGAGACUUCACGGGGCCUCAUUGCCCGCCUGAUAUCAUCCAAGAUGCCCGGCGGGUUCAACAUCACAACCGCACGGAAGUACUUGGAGACGCGCUGGGGCCUGGGCCCCGGUCGGCAGGAUGGCGUGCUGCUACUUGCCAUCACCAUGGAGCCGCCAGCUCGCCUGGGCUCCGAGGCUGACGCGAAGGCCUUCCUUGACGACGCCUCCCAGAAAUACGCCGCCCAUGCUGGCAUCAGCCUGUCCACCGCUGCCGCGGCCGGCCCGGCUGCCGGCGUCGGAGGUGGCAUGAUGAUGGAUCCCGCCGCGAUCGAGGCGCUCACCAGCAGCCAGAGGGCUCUGUUCAAGCAACAAUUGGAGCUCAUCGCGAGGUAUCUCAAUGUGGACCUCCGGGCCGGCGACAAGGCCUUUCAAGCCUCGCAGGAGUCGUCCAAAGUCCUCCAAUCUCAGCUUGAUCUCUGGAUGGCGGAGCACGGUGACUUCUACGCGGCGGGCAUCGAACCGGUCUUCAGCCCGCUCAAGGCGCGUGUCUACGACUCGUCAUGGAACUGGGCUCGCCAGGAUGCCCUGAGCAUGUACUACGACAUCAUCUUCGGCAGGCUGAAGACUGUGGAUCGCGAGAUCGUCAGCCAAUGCAUCCGGAUCAUGAACCGCUCCAACCCGACGCUCCUCGAGUUCAUGCAAUACCACAUCGACAACUGUCCCACCGAGCGCGGAGAGACGUACAAGCUCGCCAAGGAGCUCGGUGCCACGCUGCUUGAGAACUGCAAGGAGGUCUUGACAGCGGAUCCCGUGUACAAGGACGUCGCCAUGCCCACCGGACCUAAGACGACGAUAGAUGCUCGCGGCAACCUGAAGUACGAGGAAAUCCCGCGUGCCAGCUGCCGGAAACUCGAGCACUACGUGCAACAGAUGGCCGAGGGCGGUAAGAUUUCGGAGUACGGAAACCGGACCAAAGUCCAGCACGACCUCCUCAAGAUCUACAACUUGAUCAAGCAACAGCACAAGCUGAGCAAGGCGUUGCAGUUUGAGAUCAAGGGCUUGUAUAGCGAGGUGUUCCGCUCCCUCGCCAUGAAUGAGAGCCAGAUCUUGGCCAAGGAGAACGGCAAGGUUAAUGGUUUUUCCAAGGUGGCCAAGCCCAAAGGGAAGACCGAGACCAUUCCAUUCCUCCAUCUCCGCAAGAAGACGGAGCAAGGGUGGGAUUACGACAAGAGGCUCACCGGGACGUAUCUCAAAUGCCUGGAGGAUGCCGCCCGGAACGGCGUCACGUUCAUCGGCAAGUAUGUGCUCAUGACUGGGGCCGGUGCCGGCUCGAUCGGCGCCGAUGUCCUCCAGGGGCUCAUCAGCGGCGGCGCCAAGGUCCUCGUCACCACCAGCCGCUACUCCCGCGAGGUCACUGAGUACUACCAGUCGAUGUAUGCCCGCUUCGGUUCGCGCGGCUCUCAGCUUGUGGUUGUCCCUUUCAACCAGGGCAGCGUGCAGGACAUCAAUGCGCUCAUCGACUACGUCUACGAUCCCAAGACCGGGUUGGGCUGGGAUCUUGACUACAUCGUCCCCUUCGCCGCCAUCUCCGAGCAGGGCCGCCAGAUCGACGGCAUCGACUCCAAGUCGGAGCUGGCGCACCGGAUCAUGCUGACCAAUCUGAUCCGCUUGCUUGGCAAUGUCAAGUCGCAGAAGGCCGCCCGCGGUUACGAGACCCGCCCCGCUCAGGUCAUCCUGCCGCUCUCGCCCAACCACGGCACGUUUGGCAGCGACGGUCUGUAUUCCGAGUCUAAGCUCGGGCUCGAGACCCUCUUCAACCGGUGGCAUUCGGAGGCCUGGGGAGACUACCUGACCAUCUGCGGCGCCAUCAUCGGGUGGACCCGUGGCACGGGGCUCAUGUCCGGCAACAACAUCGUGGCCGAGGCGGUCGAGGGUUUCGGCGUUCGCACCUUCUCGCAGCAGGAGAUGGCAUUCAACCUGCUCGGUCUCAUGUCCCCGGACAUUGUCGAGCUUUGCCAGGAAAAGCCAGUGUUUGCCGACCUGAACGGCGGUCUGCAGUUCAUCCCGAACCUUAACGCGAUCAUGACAGCGGAGCGCAAGUCCAUUACCGAAACCAGCGAGAUCCGACGUGCCGUCACCAAGGAGACCGCAGCCGAGAACAAGAUCGUCAACGGUGAGCGCUCCGAGGCUCUGUAUAAGAAGAAGAUCAUCGAGCCCCGCGCCAACAUCAAGUUCGACUUCCCGCCUCUGCCUGACUGGAAGUCCGAGCUGGCUCCCCUCAACGAGACUCUCAAGGGCAUGGUCGACCUGGACAGGGUGGUGGUCGUCACCGGUUUCGCCGAAGUCGGCCCCUGGGGCAAUUCGAGGACGAGGUGGGAGAUGGAGGCCUACGGAGAGUUUUCUCUCGAGGGCUGCAUCGAGAUGGCCUGGAUCAUGGGUCUCAUCAAGCACCACAACGGACCCAUCAAGGGCCAGCCGUACUCGGGUUGGGUCGACGCCAAGACGGGCGAGCCGGUCGACGACAAGGAGGUCAAGCCGAAGUACGAGAAGUACAUUCUGGAGCACUCGGGCAUUCGCCUGAUCGAGCCCGAGCUUUUCGACGGCUACGACCCGAACAAGAAGCAACUGCUUCACGAGGUCGUCAUCGAGGAGGACCUGGAGCCCUUCCAGGCCUCCAAGGAGACUGCCGAAGAGUUCAAGCGUGAACACGGCGAAAAGGUCGAGAUCUUCGAGAUUCCCGAAACCGGCGAGUACACGGUCCGGGUGAAGAAGGGCGCUUCUCUGUGGAUCCCGAAGGCGCUGCGGUUCGACCGCCUCGUCGCCGGCCAAGUCCCGACCGGCUGGGAUGCCAAGCGCUACGGCAUUCCCGACGACAUCAUCUCGCAGGUCGAUCCGGUCGCUCUGUUUGUCCUCGUGUCCACCGUCGAGGCUCUCCUGUCCGCCGGUAUCACCGAUCCCUACGAGUUCUACAAGUACGUCCACGUCUCGGAAGUCGGCAACUGCGUGGGCUCCGGCAUGGGUGGUGCGAAAGCCCUCCGCGGCAUGCACCGCGACCGCUUCUUGGACAAGCCGCUGCAGAAGGACAUCCUCCAGGAGUCUUUCAUCAACACCAUGGCCGCGUGGGUGAACAUGCUCCUCCUUUCCUCGUCAGGCCCGAUCAAGACGCCUGUCGGUGCGUGCGCCACGGCUGUCGAGUCGAUUGACAUCGGCUAUGAGACAAUCAUGGACGGCAAGGCGCGCGUCUGCAUCGUCGGAGGCUUCGACGACUUCGGCGAGGAGGGCUCGUAUGAAUUCGCCAACAUGCAGGCAACCAGCAACGCCGUGGACGAGUUCGCCCACGGGCGGACGCCCAAGGAGAUGUCCAGGCCGGCGACCACGACCAGGAACGGAUUUAUGGAAUCGCAAGGUUGCGGCGUCCAGGUCAUCAUGACUGCCAAGCUCGCGCUGGAGAUGGGUGUCCCGAUCUACGGCAUCCUCGCGCUCACCACGACCGCUUCGGACAAGAUAGGACGCUCGGUGCCUGCCCCGGGCCAGGGUGUGCUCACGACGGCUCGGGAACAUCACGGGAAGUUCCAGUCGCCGCUGCUCGACAUCAAGUACAGGCGGCGCCAGAUCGAACGGCGCUCCAGGCAGAUUCAGGACGACAAGGCCGCCGAUCUCCAGUUCCUCGCCGACGAGGCGGAAGCCCUCAAGGCCCAGGGCCAUUCAGCGGCCGAGGUCGAGGAGUACGUGGCAGACCGGGCCAGGCGCAUCGAGGAAGAUGCCGAGAGGCAGAUCAAGCAAGUUCUUCGCAGCUACGGCAACCACUUCUGGAAGGACGAGCCGAGCAUCGCUCCUCUGCGCGGCGCACUGGCCACCUGGGGUCUCACGAUCGACGAUCUCGGCGUGGCGUCGUUCCACGGAACGUCGACCAAGGCCAACGACAAGAACGAGUCGUCGGUUAUCUGCCAGCAGCUCGCGCAUCUUGGCCGCAAAAAAGGCAAUGCCGUGCUGGGCAUCUUCCAGAAAUAUCUCACCGGCCAUCCCAAGGGCGCGGCGGGCGCGUGGAUGAUGAACGGCUGCCUGCAGGUGCUCAACACGGGCCUCGUCCCUGGCAACCGCAACGCUGACAACGUUGAUCCGGUCAUGGAGCAGUUCGAUUACAUCCUGUACCCGAGCCGCAGCAUCCAGACGGACGGUGUCAAGGCUUUCUCGGUGACAUCGUUCGGCUUCGGUCAGAAGGGUGCACAGGCCAUCGGCGUGCACCCCAAGUACCUGUUUGCCACGUUGGACGAGCAGACGUUCAACGAGUACCGGACGAAGGUCGAGGCGCGGCAGAGGAAGGCGUACCGUUUCUUCCACAACGGCAUGAUCAACAACUCGCUGUUCGUGGCCAAGGACAAGGCCCCGUACACGGACGAGCAGCUCAGCUCGGUGCUGCUGAACCCCAGGGCGCGGGUCACAGAGGACGAGAAAACCGGGAAGUUCGCGUUCCCCGACGACUUUAUGCGCCUGUCGGAGCAGCGCAGACGCCGGCGCAGCGAAAGGCGACGCUCCAGUCUGUGCUCACUCGUGACGCGACCCUAGAGUCGACACUGAGCGGGCAGACGCGCCAGCUCGAGAGUCCGAACACGCGUGUCGGGUUCGACGUCGAGGACAUCGCGACUGUCAACGCUGACAACGACACGUUUGUCGAGCGCAACUUCACCGAGGCCGAGGCGCGAUACUGUCGGGCGUCGGCGUCGGGCCGGUCGCCGCAGACGGCGUUUGCCGGGCGGUGGAGCGCCAAGGAGGCGGUGUUCAAGGCGCUGGGCGUCGCCAGCCAGGGCGCCGGUGCGGCAAUGAAGGACAUUGAGAUCCUCCCGGACGCCAACGGGGCGCCGACGGUGACGCUCCACGGCGCCGCGCUGAAGGCGGCCAACGAGGCGGGGGUCAAGAACGUGUCGGUGUCCAUCACGUACACCAAGAACCAGGCGGUUGCGAUCGCGACGGCGCAUUUGUGAGAGGGGCUGUGAGAGGGGCUGC